AUGUUAAGCCACAUCUUGGGUGAGGCCAAGAAGCAUCCAAGCUUGAUCCCACUAUACAUAUUUACUGAAGGAGGAAGUACUGGAGUUGCACUGUAUGUCUUGCACCUGGCACUGUCCAAUCCAGAUGUCAGUUGGGGUAGAAAGAAUAACCCAGAACCUUGGAACAAACUAGGUCCCAAUGGUCAAUACAAGAUCUAUUCAGUGAAUGGGAUUACAGCAAACUGA